AUGAUUGUGGCCCUUCUCUUCGCCAUCCUUCUUCAGGGGAAAAAGUCACGAAUUAAAGCCCGGAUAGGAAACCGGGGCCUGCAUGGGGAGCCCAUAUUCUUGCCUUGUCAAACUUCUCACUCACGCAUCUUCCCAAAGAAGCACUCCUUUUCGUACUCGUACCUUACAGUUGGGAUUCCCAUAGGGUUUGAGGGUAGCGUUGGUAAUUUGAUCUCGGUCGGCCACAGAAAGAAACGAGGUGUCUGCUCAUGGCUCCCCACGUCGUUAUGGGCCUGCUGGUUUUCCGUCGAGUCCGGCGACUACCUAGAGCGUGGGCACGCUGGGCUAGGCUUGCGGGGCAGGCUGAAUCGUUAUCUCGAGAGCCAGGAACUCGACCCGGCAGCAUACCCAUACGCCUACUUGAUCACUGCUCCUCGCUUCAUGGGUUACCAAUUCAACCCGGUCUCCUUCUGGUACCUAUAUGACGCCGACAGGCGCCUGACAGCCAUGAUCCUAGAAGUCAAUAAUACAUUUGACGAGCGUAGGAUGUACUUCUUGACGGCAUGCAAGGAAUCAACAAAAAUGAACUACUCACUAGGAAGCUUCGAGCAAAAGGAAGCUAAGAAGGCUGAAAGUAUGUCGCUCCCUGACCAAGAUGCCUCGGCCACAACCAUAGUCUUCAGACAGUCUUGGCCCAAAGACUUCCACGUCUCACCCUUCAACUCACGCAAGGGCUCUUACACAAUCUCCACCAUUGACCCCUUGGCUAGAAACUCGCUCCGGGGCCCCGUUUUGUUAACCAUAACCCUCCUCUCCUCCAAGAACCAUCCUAAACUCAUUGCCCGUCUCGCUUCCUCUCGCCAGCAGCCUGUCAUUGACCCGGCUGCCAUGACCAGCGCCCAGAAACUAUCUCUCAUUCUUGCUUGGGGUCCUGUCGGUUUUCUCACCACCCCACGCAUUUUUGCACAGGCUGCCAUGCUCUAUGUCAAACACGGCCUCAACGUGUGGUUCCGACCAGAGCCGAAGGCGGACACAAAGACUUUGGGGCGACAUGCGACCGGGGAGGAAAGGGCGUUAGAGGACAGUUUCCGAGAGUUAUUGAAGGGCCUUGUUGCUCAGCAGGCGGCCGGCAGUAGAACAAGGGCAAGGGUGAACGUCCGGUACAUCACGGCAGGCGGGGUACGAAAUGAUGGAGAGGAUACGGAGGAGGUAUUCAGCUCGACUUGCCUGGCGUCAAAGAUCAAAUAUGGCGAGGAAGAGAAGGAGGUCGAGGUCAGGGUGCUUACCCCGGCGUUUUACUCCCGCCUUGCCUGUUAUGCGAACACAUGGGAGGGUGUCCGGCGUGAGAGCGCUGAAGGAGGAACGGCGCAAGUGUCCCGUCCGAGAUUGCUGGAGAAGUUGGCGAUGCGUCGGACGAUGUAUCAAAGCAGAGGUGAGAGGUCCACGGAGAAGGCCACCCUCUCUGAAAGGGCUUGCAUGAAAAUCGUUAUCCGUCUAAGAGGAGAGACGGGAGGUGGUGUUUCGGACUUGGAUGCAUGGGUGAUGAGGUCAGGAGAUGCAAAAAGACGGCGUGAGUAUUGGGGGGCCGUGCUGAGAAUCCUCGUUGCAGAAAAGUUUACGUUUGGUGGCAUGAGCUUAGUAGCUGUCGUGUGGUUCUUGAUGCGAGCAUGUCUCGCAUGGUCCGCGAUCUCCUGGGCUUUGUGGUUAGCUCGGAAGUCAUCAGCCACUCGCUAG